UAGCCGCCGCCGCGGGGGCGGCAGGGCGCGGGGCGCGGGGGCCCGGCUGAGCCGGCCGUCGGAGCGAGACCCUGCGGCAGAGACGACGGAGGCGGAAGCAACCCGAUCCCGGAGGCGGCGGCGGCGGGAGGAGCCGGAGCCGCCUGGGAUGUUCAGUCACUUGCUUAGCCACGUGGCUAGUCUGUCUCCUUAUUUUACCCAUGUGAUGUCCUCGUUGGGUUGGACGAUCUCGCAAAUGCCUCAGUGUUCUGUGGUUCCCUCUGAAGGUCAUGAAACGAGUGCGCACCGAGCAGAUUCAGAUGGCAGUGUCCUGCUACCUCAAACGCCGGCAGUAUGUGGACUCCGAUGGUCCCCUAAAGCAAGGACUGCGGCUGUCACAGACUGCUGAGGAGAUGGCAGCCAACCUCACAGUCCAAUCCGAAUCCGGUUGUGCCAACAUCGUGUCCGCAGCCCCUUGCCAGGCAGAGCCCCAGCAAUAUGAAGUACAGUUUGGACGACUACGGAAUUUUCUCACUGAUUCUGAUUCCCAGCAUAGCCACGAAGUGAUGCCUCUCCUCUAUCCUCUCUUUGUCUACCUCCAUCUCAACCUGGUCCAGAACAGUCCUAAGAGCACAGUGGAAAGUUUUUACAGCCGCUUCCAUGGGAUGUUUCUGCAGAACGCUAGCCAGAAGGAUGUCAUUGAGCAGCUACAGACCACUCAAACCAUCCAGGACAUCCUGUCUAACUUCAAGCUUCGAGCAUUCCUAGAUAACAAGUACGUGGUCCGUCUCCAGGAAGACAGCUACAACUACCUUAUCCGCUACCUCCAAAGUGACAACAACACCGCCCUGUGCAAAGUCCUCACCUUGCAUAUCCAUCUUGACGUGCAGCCUGCCAAGAGAACAGAUUACCAGCUCUACGCCAGCGGCGGCUCCUCCCGGAGCGAGGGCAACGGCUUAGAGCCCGCCGACAUGCCCGCCCCUAUCCUGCAGAACGAGGCUGCCCUGGAGGUCUUGCAGGAGAGCAUUAAGCGCGUCAAGGAUGGCCCUCCCUCCCUCACUACCAUCUGUUUCUAUGCCUUCUAUAACACAGAGCAGCUGUUGAACACUGCGGAAAUCUCCCCAGACAGCAAGCUGCUUGCUGCGGGGUUUGACAACUCCUGUAUAAAACUGUGGAGUUUACGAGCCAGGAAGUUAAAGUCAGAACCCCAUCAAGUAGACGUGUCCCGCAUCCACUUGGCUUGUGACAUUCUGGAGGAGGAGGAUGAUGAGGAUGAUAAUGCGGGCACAGAGAUGAAGAUACUACGGGGACACUGUGGACCAGUAUACAGCACAAGGUUCCUCGCAGACAGCUCAGGGUUGCUCUCUUGUUCUGAAGACAUGUCCAUUAGGUACUGGGACCUCGGGAGUUUCACCAACACUGUGUUAUACCAAGGACAUGCCUACCCCGUGUGGGACCUGGACAUUAGCCCAUAUAGCCUGUACUUUGCCAGCGGGUCCCAUGACCGCACCGCGAGGCUGUGGUCAUUUGAUCGGACGUACCCGCUGAGGAUAUAUGCCGGGCACCUGGCAGAUGUGGACUGUGUCAAAUUCCACCCUAAUUCGAACUACUUAGCCACAGGCUCGACCGACAAGACUGUCCGGCUGUGGAGUGCCCAACAGGGGAACUCGGUGAGGCUCUUCACCGGCCACCGAGGCCCCGUGCUCUCUCUCGCCUUUUCUCCCAACGGUAAGUACUUGGCAUCGGCCGGCGAGGACCAGCGGCUGAAGCUGUGGGACUUGGCCUCUGGGACCCUUUAUAAAGAACUGAGGGGCCAUACGGACAACAUCACCAGCCUCACCUUCAGUCCGGACAGUAGUCUGAUCGCCUCUGCGUCCAUGGACAACUCGGUACGCGUCUGGGACAUUAGGAACACGUACUGCAGCGCCCCAGCCGACGGCUCCUCUGGCGAACUCGUGGGCGUGUACACCGGGCAGAUGAGCAAUGUACUGAGCGUGCAGUUCAUGGCCUGCAACCUUCUUCUAGUGACUGGAAUCACACAAGAAAAUCAGGAACAUUAAUUUUUUUCUUCCUUUUUUUUUUUUUUUUUUUUUAAUCUUUGUUGUAACGGACUGGGGCAGUAGUGGAAAGGCUCCAGGUUGCAAGUCUUAGGACGAAUUGAGAUUGAAUCACUGACUGACUGUGAAAGACUCCCCGCUUCCCCCCCCCUUCUCCCGUGCAGACGUCCCGAGCGCGUCACCCCUUCCCUCCCUCCAUCCCCCCCAGGGUCGAAGGACUGGGGGCGGGAGAGGUGCUGUCAUUGGACAUGAGGUGGAGAAUCAAGAGGCUCUGGAGGUCGGAUUGCAAGUUCUUACAAAGAUCCCCCCGCAUCCUCGCCUGAGCACCUUCCGGUGUGUGUCUCGCUUUCCCCGCGUGUAAACCCGAGAUGCUGCUUCCCUCGCCACCGCCGCCACCGCCGGGGUGCUGCGUUGGGCCCGAGGAUGGCCGCAGGGCGCGCUCAGGACAGUGCCCCAGGGUCACGUGUUCUCGGUCGCCUGGGUGGAAGGGGGCUUUACUGGGGUAGGAAUGAGGGGGUGGGAACUAGGAACGGGGCGGGGAUAAUCCUGGCAAAAAGUCUUUCCUUUUCCGUGAUUACAGAGAACCAGGAUUUGUUUUUUAUUAUUAUAAUUAUAAUUAUUAUUAUUAUUGAGAAGAGGAAACCUAGCACUGGCAGAGGGGCUUUCUCUGCUCUCAUCUUUCAGGUUUUACUCCUGGCACUGGCUGUGAUACUUGGAAUCUUGAGGUUCAGGGAAUUCAGAGAAUUUGGUAGCACAGUGUUUUGGGAGAAAGGGAAAAUUUCUGGGGUGACGGACUGAUCACUCCGGCUGACAUGUUUCUCGAAGCGGG